AUGCACCCGCUGCUCGCCGCUGCGUCGGACACCGUCACCGUGCACGAAUGCCUCAUUUGUGGUUACGACACUCGAAGUGCGAAUCAUGCCGCACAGCUAUCGGCUCUGCGAAGAGACAUGAUCGAAACACUCGAAAAAUGGAACGCAGAGCUCGUCGCCGAAAAGACCUCACUCCUUGCCGAGGCGGAGGCGUCAACAAUUGAGAUCCAGAGGUUGAACGCGGAAAAUCAGACGCUGCGACUAAAGCUCGAGACAUCGGGUCCCAAUGACGUCAUCUCAAACAGUGAUACGGCAAAUCCUCUCCAGCCCACAGAAAGGGAGCCAGAGAUAAACCUUAGUGAACCUGCCAUAGUCACGAAGCGUCCGCGCUCCUCCGGCCCACAAGAUGCCGACGGCGAGCGUCGGAGCAGGCCCUCGAAGAGGCGCGCCCUUCGCGUAGAGGUGUUCGUACCUUCGCUUCAGGACGUACGUGCAGUGGCAUCGCGCGAGGAUCGAGCUUCCGCCUCGAAAUCCAACAACACCAACAACCCUCACACGGAACUUGUCCCUCGGUCGUUUGAAGAGACCUUUCCUUCAACGGAUCUCCAAACAUCCGCCACGCCAUCAGUCAAGACGGAAGUCGAUCUAAAGCCCAAGAUUGAACCGAUGGAUGUGGGGGCUUCUGGGAAGCUGCCCCUCGACGAACCGGAGCGCAUCCGUUCACUGAUCGGUCUUUUGAAACAACGCACAUGGAGUAUGCGCGCAGAUACCGCGUCCCUCCUACCAUUCUACAAAAAGACGAUCCAAGCGCGCCUCAACGCACUCGAGUCUAAACCUUGCACGAUCACCCUCGAUCCUGAUCACCUCAUCCAAAUCGUGACGCGGCCUUUCCUGUCUUCAGUGUUCGGCAACCGCACUGUGCCAAAACCCAUGUUCCUCAACCCGACGCACGAUCCCCACUGCCCGCGCGUGCCGGGCCAGCGCGGCCUGUUUUUCUCGGGCGCCAGCGAAGAAGAGACCCAGCGCUGGCCCAGCAUCUUCCGCCUCAUCGUCCGCGCUGCUCCGUGUUGCUGGUUGUACGUUGGCGACUACCAGUUAGUCGAAACACCGCGCUUCACGUUAGAUGAAUGGAAGGCCCAAACGGAGCGCGUACGUCGAUCUUGGACGAGGAACUUCGUUGCGCGCAAGACGGACAACAGCGGUCUCCGAGAGGAUAUGGAGGCCUUCGUAUGCGAGAACUCGGACAACGCGAGUGGGCGAGCGUCGAAGUGGAAUCAAAACGUCAUCAAAUUCUCAGAGGAUGAUGUAUACAAUGCCUGGAAUAACGGACACGGGAUGCUGAAAGUAUGGUGCAUGGUAUGUGUGCAAUACGACGAGGCGUUUCAGCAGGAGAUCAUAGAGAAAAAGCGGUCGGAAAUAGAGGAGGUAGAGGCUGACGUUGUCGUUUGA